AUGGUCAAGCGCAAGAGAACCGACGCUCCUAAGGAGGACAAGACCGCUGGAAGCCCUCCCAAGACAACCAAGUCCGCCCCAACUCCAUCCGAAACAUUGGAUGCAGCUCUCACUCUUCAAGUGAUCACCGGAUCUUAUGAGCGUGUGCUCCAUGGCUUCACGGCCGGCAUCCCAGCUUCCCAUCUCAAAGCGAAGAAUGACACCGUUCUGCCUACGAUUGAAUGUGCCGACACUUUCCUAUUUGAGGCCCAUGGCUCUGCAAUUCGUUGCCUGGCAUUGUCGCCGUUACCCAAGGCUACCGACUCCCCCGAUGCUCAAAAGGUGAUUCUUGCUAGCGGCAGUACCGAUGAGCGUAUCAACCUUUACUCUAUCUCUGCGGCACCCCCCGCCGUGAGUGAAGAAUACCCCUCUGUGCCGACUCUCGCCGGAAACAAGAUCCUCGAAAACCCUCGGAACCGUGAGCUUGGAUCUUUGCUGCACCAUACUGCCAGCAUCACCUCUUUGAGCUUCCCCUCGCGGAGCAAGCUGAUUGCGGCUGGCGAAGAUAAUACAAUUUCUAUCUCCAAGACCCGUGACUGGACUGUCGUAUCCUCCAUCAAAGCGCCAAACCCCAAGGUCCAAGGACGGCCCAGUGGUGACACAGCACCGCCUGGCGCUGCCCCGUCUGGUGUCAAUCACUUCGCUGUACACCCUAGCAUGAAAUUGAUGUUGAGUAUUGGAAGAGGAGAAAAGUGUAUGAGGUUGUGGAACCUGGUCACAGGAAGAAAAGCCGGUGUGUUGAACUUCACCAGAGAAAUGCUACAGGGUGUCAAGGAGUCAAGGUGGAGCACUGGAGAGGGUCGACGUAUCGCAUGGGACUCCGAAGGAGAGGAGUUCGCAGUUGCUUUUGAAUGGGGUGCCGUUGUAUUUGGUAUCGACUCGGUUCCGAGAUGUAGAUUGAUUCCUGGACCCAGGAGCAAGCUUCACCAAAUGAAGUAUGUCUCUCUGCCAGUGAAGGGUGGUGAGAAGGAAGAUUUCCUAGCCGUCACCACAGAGGAUGGCCGAGUGAUUCUCUAUUCCACCAAGGACCUGAAGACUGACGAAGAGGACACCGAAUGUUCUAUUCCCCACGCCACUCCUGUUGCUCAGCUUGGUGGAAAGCAAGCCGGAUUCCCCGGCCGCAUCAAGGAUUUCGAAGUCCUGAGCCUCGAAGGACAAGCGAAGGAAUACCACAAUGACGUUUUGAUUGUCACUGGUAACAGUGAUGGUGUUGUGCGUGUAUGGAAGGCCACUGGCAAGGAGAUUUCCUCCGCAAAGAAAGACAAGGAGACCACUCAGAUUGGGAAGCUCCUGACCACCGCUGAGACUGGUAACCGCAUCACCUGUCUGGCUGCCUUUGUUAUGCUGCCGGCCGAGGACCCCUCUACCCUGAUUGACUCUGGCGAUGACGACUCGGAGGAAGAUGAGGCGGAGUCGUCUAGUGAUAGCGACGAUGAGUAG